AGAUAUAUGCAUAUUUUACAUGGCUGGCCUCACGAAUACGGUGAAAUAAUUUGUUUAUUAUUUCCAGGAGGGGCCAUGGCUUCGAUGGGGAGUCCUGGAGUAUUCAAUGCUCCUUUUGAGAUAUACAGUCCCAGUUAGGUUCCGAGCUCUGCCAGACGUCACGACAACACAUCCAACAGCGCACACACAGUUGUGCGCAAUAUCCCCAAUUUUCCUCACAUGGUUUAGGAUCACCCGAGGCUAUGGUAACAUUCACUUGUCCAUAUUGAAUCACCACCAAAAGGAAUUGAACCCCUGUCUCCUGCACCAAAGGGCCAGAGUUAUAACCACUAAGCUGUGGUCCUACCAGGUGCCUAGCUAUGACAAGCGGGUUAGAGAACUAGCUACAACAAUAAAAACUACGUAAAUUAUCAGAAGUAUUUGUAAUGUUAACUUAGUUAGAUAUGAACAGUUAUUCAUUAAGGAAAUACAUUAUUCAAUGAUGACAUAUAUAAAAUUAAUUAUCUUAUUGUUUGUUUCAGGUUUAGCAUGAAUGAAUAAGUAAUAAAAAUAUAAACUAUGGCUGGUUUAAUAGCAAAGAAAAAUCAAGCUAAAUUAGCUGAGCAAAUAUACAAGUCUACACAUUUUUCACGGACUGAAGUUGAAAAGUUGUUGGGUAUAUUCAAAGAACUUGUUCCCAAUCAGAAAAAUAAAAUGGACAGAACGAAAUUUCGAACUGUGUUACACAAUACGUUUCAAAUGACAGAUGAUAUCCUAAUGGACAGAAUUUUCCGUGCAUUUGAUCAAGAUAACGACAGCAAUAUAAGUAUGGAAGAAUGGAUACAUGGUUUAUCUGUUUUCUUGAGAGGUUCACUAGAAGAACAAAUGCAAUAUUGUUUUAGUGUUUAUGACUUGAAUUCUGAUGGUUACAUCACAAGAGAAGAAAUGUUUCACAUGCUAAAACAUUCUUUAGUUAAGCAACCAUCUGAAGAAGAUCCAGACGAAGGAGUGAAAGAUCUAGUGGAAAUCACAUUAAAGAAAAUGGAUUUUGAUCACGACAGCAAAUUAUCAUAUGCUGAUUUCAAGCAAGCAGUUGAAGCUGAACCGCUUCUUCUUGAAGCUUUUGGACCUUGUCUCCCGGAUGAUGAGGUUACAAUAAAGAUGGCGGAGUUUCUGCGAAAACGCCAUGGUUUCAUCAACCGCUGUUUAUGAGUAACGCAAGAAGUCUGGAUCUUAAAGCGAAAAAGAGUGUGUAACAGUUACGAUGACGUAAUUCAAAACAAGGAUUGAAAGCGCUGCACACAACAUGUCUGGAUGGGACAAAAGGAUUUUUAAACCUCCUUCCAAACAAUGUUAACAUUUCUUGUUUGAGUUUGAGAGGAAUGUAAAAAAUGUAUUUUGCAUGCUUCAAGUGAAUUAAAGUUUCUUUAUGUAAA